CGUUCAAUUAAAGCCUAAAGCCCAAUUGGAGACCUGAAGGCAGCGUUCGUGUUUUUUGUGGAGAUGUGAAAUUCAUUUACCAAAUGAUAGCAUAGAAGCAGCUCUUCUAUCUGUUCACCUUUGAGAAUAUUUUUCAGCAAUAUUCUACUAAAAAUCUUUGUUUAUUUCCUGAAUUCUAAAAUCAGUGGUGAAGUAGUAAUUUGCCCUUACAGGAAAUAACCUCUCGUCUCUCCCUCUCUCUCUGCGCUUUGGAUCUCUCUCUCUCUCUCUCUCUCUCUCUCUCUCUCUCAAUCAGACAUUUCUGUUCCUUUAAACACUACAACCCUUUUUUGGGUCAUCUUCACUAGAGUCCCAAUGACUGCCUCAGCGAAAAAUGCCCUUUGGAAACUACCCUCAAAGUUCAUGCCAUUACCAAGACAGUUUCUCUCUCUAAAACCCCACCAAAACCCACCACCCUUUCUCUUCUUCCAUCCCAUUGGUUCCAGUGAGAGAAACCAGGUGACCCAUUUCAGUUCUGGGCUUCAAUCUCAUGAUUCAAAGCGUUUUGACAAUCCCCAUCUCAUGCACUCCUUUGCCUCUCACUCUUUCCGCACCUAUAUUGAUUCUAGAGAGAGAAACGGAUCAACCCAUCUGGGAUUUAGGGCUAGAGUGCAGGAUUUGAGGCGUUUCAGCACUGAAUCUGAGGUUGAUGAGAUCAAUUUGAAAUUUGCAGAGGCUAGAGAAGAGAUUGAUAUGGCUUUAGAAUCAAAAGAGACUGUUUAUUUUGAUGAAGAAGCUGAAAGCGCAAGGAAAAUUGUUAAGGAGGUCAUGGACAUGUAUGAGGGGUUGCUGGCUAGGUUACCAGAACAACAGAGAGGGGCUUUGCAGAGGUCCAUGGGGCUCAAGCUUGAGCAGCUCAAGGCCGAGCUCAAACAGCUGGACGAUUCGUGAGAUUAUUGCUUGUUACAGAACGGUUGAUGGUUGCGCAAGCCUCCAUUCCAAGCACUGGUUAAGAGCUAGCAUUUUGGUUGACUCCAGUCUCAUUUUAACGACAGGAAUGUGGAUUUGAUAAUGGAGAUUCAAUUUUUGAUGCAUAAUGAAUGAGAUUUGUAGAUUUGCGAGAGGGACCAAUUGAAGAUGUUUUUAUCUGGACAGGAAUUAAAUUUUUCUAAUGAUGACGUUGAUGAAGAAUUAAAAUUUUCUAAUCUGAUUAUAGUGAUGCUGUCUUAGUAGUUAAAUUCA